AGAGGGGGUGUGUGAGAGGAAAAAGAUGCUGAAUCCUGGUUGGCUGGAGAGUAGAGGCUGACUCAGUGUAUCUGGAAAAGCAGCAUGUGACAGAUGCAAUUCUCAUCCCAGUCCUCGCCAUCAGACCAGGGGCUUGUUCGCCAUUGGCCCCGUUCAUUGGACCGGCAACGCGCGGUGCGCUAUAACACCAUGCUUUCCUUUGCCAGACCUAGCGGAGCUCUCUCACUAGUGCGUAUCACUUGCGCAUCGAGCAGGAGACUCAACCCAGACACACUUCAGCCCAGCGCAGAGAGCCGAGACUGAGGAAGAGGAAAGAACGAGUGAGCAGCUCUGCCUUACUCUCAUUGCCGCUGUACGGAAGAGGAGAGAGCGGGAUAACGCAUUUGCUGGAGGCUACUAUAAGAAGCAGAGGCACAUCAGAUAAAGCCCCCAAAGUGACUGGAACAGACCGAGCUGAAAUGACUGAUGUUUGAAGAUCCGAGAGGAUGAGGGAACACACUCGCUCCGUUCCUGACUGAGGGAAAGUGAGCUUGUGCCUUUCAUCUGAAACAGAGAAACAAAAGAAAAGGCUUGUUGGCUGGACUUGUUUCUCUCUCUCUUUGGCUGGACUCUGUGCAUGGAAGCUUCGGGUCCCCCAUGGCGUGUUACUACAUUGUCAUCAGCUCCACUCACCUCAGCAAUGGACACUUUCGAAACAUCAAGGGAGUUUUCCGAGGUCCCCUCAGCAAGAAUGGCAACAAAAACUUGGAUUAUGCUGAGACGGGGAAAACCUUGGCCAAAGCCCUGGAGGACCUCAAGGCCAACUUCUACUGUCAGCUGUGUGACAAACAGUAUUACAAGCAUCAGGAGUUUGACAACCACAUCAACUCGUACGACCACGCUCACAAGCAGAGGCUGAAGGAACUGAAGCAGAGAGAGUUUGCCCGCAACGUGGCCUCCAAAUCCAGGAAGGAUGAGAGGAAACAGGAGAGAGCUCUCAGACGCCUACACGAGCUUGCUGAACAACGCAGAGAGGUGCAAUGUGCCCCAGGAAGUGGUCCUAUGUUUAAGUCUACUACGGUGGCAGUGGAGGGUUCUUUCAGGGAGUCCUGCUGUGAUGAUGCCCAAGAAGAGAACCACAGCUGUGCAGCUCAAGAUUCAGGGGGUCAGAUCCAUUCCAGCAGUUGUGGCUUAGCUAGUAAGCAGUCACCAUGGCCAUACAAUGGGAGGGCCAAAAAGCAAACUUUCAGACGCAAAAUUGCAUUCUCUUUUUCCUUUCCAAAGAAAGCAUCUAUUAAGCUUGAGUCAUCAGCGGCGGUUUUCUGUGAGAGUAUGGAGGAGGGAUCGAUGGAGCGGAACCGCAGACAAAGACUCAGAGCACCCCCUGUUGAGCUUGACCUCCCCGGCUCCCCCAUGGAGGAAAAAGUACUAAAUUGUGAGGAGGCAAUUUACAGCACUGGCACACAGCAGGGCAAGCACUUCCAAGAAAGUGACAGCACUGGAAGUCAGGGGUCAUCAGAUAUGCCUGUGGAGAGGGAGAGCCCCUCGUCAACGGCCUCAGAUUUGUGUGCUUUGCUCGUUUACUCAGAGGAUGUGCCCAGUCCCGCCGUCUCCCUCAUAAACACUUCCCCCUUUCGUUUAAACAGUGCUGAUAUUGUUCUUGACUCUGAGGACUCUGUUGAGAGCCUGAAAAGCAGCAUUGCUGAAAGUAAACCUGAGACCUCGGUGGAUGUGACAGUAGAGGAGAACAGCAUUUCAGAGGAGGGGCACUCAACCAUCAUUGAACCUCCGGAAAAGACUUUCUCAGAUGUGUCACCUAAGAAUGACUCUGCUCAAAAACAAACACAAGUGGAGGAUGCAACUUCAAAGACACCUUACUCUUUCACAAAACCCAGCCAGCCUUUUUUCUCUGUCCUAAGCAGAGAUGGUAACACCAUCUUCCAGUGGCCCUCCGAGAUGGUGACCUUCACAAGGACAGAGCCAUCCCUGUCUUUCAGUUGCAACCCCCUCCAUUUUGAUUUCAAGAGGUCACGGAUUAGAAGGUCUGCUGACACUCAGGAGAUGACUGAGCCCAAAACUGAUGAGGAAUUAUCUGUCUGCUCAGGUUUCAAAUCCUGCCACUCUGACAAGCACAUUGAGGAAUCCACAGCCAGCCUUAGAAACAGUCCCAGCCAAGGACCUGAAGGCAAGGUCAGAAAGUGUUAUCAGUAUUCAAGUGACACAGAAAGUUGUGUCAGGCUGAAAACACAUGACAGGUGUAGACAUUCAAAAGAUUGGAUUCAUGCAAGUAAGAGGGUGGAAAAGAAAUUGCGGACCAGGGAUCGACGUCAUUACAGGAGCCACUGCAAAAGGAAGCGUAGAAGACGGAAGAGGAGGAGAGACAGAUACCGGGAAACAGAAAGCAAUAUGGUGAAAUCUAAGAAAUUCCACAGACGACCUGAGUGUGUGGAAGGACUUGAUAGCCAAUUUAGCGGCGCCACUUCACAGCAAGUGCAUCCAUUAGAGAAGUCAAAGCAAUCAGCUCAAAAUCAGGCUGAGGACAGCAGCACAGCUCCCGUAGUUGAGGAAGGCUUGGGAGGCAAGAGGCAGGAGGCAGCAGCCGAUGUAAACGGCUCAGCGGGCUGCACCAUUCUCUCUGAUGAGUUCUGUGCUGAUGGUGAAAAGGUGCUUAGGAACAGCAGGGAAAAGCCUGACAAUCCAACUGCAGGGGAGCUAACGACCAUAGGACAGUGUUCUCGCAGCCAGGACACAUCUCACUCUCAGAGAUCCAGUGCAGCUGAAGGGUGCCGAGAGGAGACGCCUUCAUCACUAGAGACCAACAGAGAUGGACCAUGUGAAGGACAAAGUUCGAAAAGACGACGAACAGAUUCUUUAAGUGAUGGAGAUGAGUCUUACGACCCCUGUCAGUCGCCCGCAGAGAUUUCUGAUGGGUGCACAGAACUUGCCUGUUGUGAGCAUGGGAUUGGGAGGAAAAGAAAGAGGCGGUCACAUGUCCAAGAUCAAACCCCAUGUCUUGCAAAUGAAUGUCCCAUUGUUAAAAACAGUGUUCUGGAAGAACAGGACAAGGCUGUGGAGGAGUCAAGCAUGAAAUGCCUUGUUUUAAAAGGCGAGUGUGACAGCUCGAAUGGGUCAGACCAAAUCUCAUGCAGUAUUGAUGAUGUAGAGAGCAGUGUGGUUGAUCCUCAGACAUUUACUUCCAUUAGCAGUGCCCUGGGUCAUACUGUGGUCGAGAGCAGUGACUGGCAACUGAGCUCCUCCUCUGAGAUCAAUGCUUCAUGCACCAAGGGCAGUCUAACUCUACUGGAGACAGAUUCAAAGCUCUCGAAAGAGCCGACAAAGGAGAGUAGUAACAUCCUCAGUAGCGAGUCUAAAGCAGCACAAACCCCCUUAAAGAACUGUAACACGUAUUCAGCGGCUGCUCAGGCCUGCCUGCUUAAUGUGAGAGAGUUAGCCCUGCAGAGGACUGAAAAAGCCACUCACGACAAAUCAUGUCAGCACAGCAUUCAAACCCCGCCGCAGAGAUUUCACCUAGGCAUUCAGGCUGAGGAGAAGUUGAGCAGGGAGUGCUUCCACACCACCAGCAGCCUGUUCCAACCCUCUGCAUCUUUUCAGACCCCCUCAGAAAGCAUGGAGAGACACUGUCUCCUGCAGAUCCAGAGCCAUGGACAGGUGCUACACCAGCAGGUGUUCCCUACCAAGCUCAAAUCUGUCCUAUCCAGGCCACAUCUGCCCAUGUCAUCUGCUGUUCUCCAUCCAGUUCACCUGCCAUCCUCCCUGCCUUCUGGCUCCAUCACAAUACGUCACACCAUUCUACAGCACCACAGCGCUUUUUUGCCCCCACAACCCCCUAUCUACCCCCAGGUAGUGCCUGUUUCUCGACUCCCCCUGGGGCCGGAGAUCUGUCGGCCCACUGCACCUCCCUUCGUGACCCCUCCGCAGGUAUCGGUAGUGGCUCCCCCUAGUAUUCACCCAAUGACUGUGACGUUUCAUGCCCUGCCACGACCUGCCAUGUUUCCACCCAUGUUGCCCCCUCAUCAUGCUGUCAUUCCCCUUCAGCCUCUCUUCUAGCUCCACAGCUAUUUCUGUGUAACAAAAAAAUUUAUUUUAUACUGCAGAAGCAAGAGAAACAUCCGCAGCACUGCUCCCUUAGUUAGAAUUUUGAGAUAGGAAGUUUUCCUUGAGUAACAUACAAAAGAGUUGUAUUUGCAGUUUGGGAAGGAUGCUGUUUCUGUGCCAUGUUGUCAGUAGAGAUUCUUGCAGAAAAGAACUGCAUAACACUUUUAUUAGGAAAUAUAUAACUCACCUACCUGAUUAAAUCCAGUACCUGUUUUAUUAGUAUUUGUUGUUAAGAAGAUUUUGACAGAUUUUAAUCACCUCAAAGACCUUCAUUUUAUUGGAUUAAGAGGAGCAUGAUCAUUUGAUACAAUUUAGGUGCACAUCUUUGUAGAAUUACAAAAUUAUAAAUUAUAAAAUAUUAUAAAUACAUAGUAUAUAUGUACGCUUUAGUCUAUAUACACUUAGAGAUAAUAUCAAAAUACUGUUAUAAUAAUAAUAUAUACAAUAACAAUAGAAUAUAUGAUGGUUGCAUAUCUGUAGUGAAAUGAAUACAGGAAGUCCUAAAGGGUCAAAGCGUUAUUAUGUGCAGUUUUCAGAGCUCCAUAGUAAACCUGCAGAGAAUUGAUGUAACACAGACAUUCGUCAUGUGUGACAGCAUUUAAAAUGAAUCACACUAGCACUAGUGUACGAUGGUAAUUACUACUUUAAAUAUAAUGCUGCUGUGCCUGUCGAAGGCUAGCGGAAUGCAGCAAAAUAGCGCUAUGCACCAUGUGCUACAACAGCAUCGUGUUGAACACAUACAUAAUGCUCAUUUUUAUGAGUAGUUUUUAUGCAAAUCAAAAAGCCCAUAGCAUGUAAUGGGGAACUGAAUGUGACUCGAAAGCUGAACUGAUAUGGGCAAAUUAUAUUUCUUACUUUGCUAAUUAUGGUUAACCUCAGUGCAGUGAAUAAACAAACAAACAAACACAGAAUUACGGUUAAGUUCGGACUACAGAAUGUGUUAUGUGUGGUUUAAUAUGUACUUCAAAUUGUAGAUCUUACAUGCUGUUGCCUAAAAUGUUUGAAAAGAAGCACAAAAAUUACCAAGUGCAAAUCCUUACAUGGGUGUUUCCUGUAUCCCUCAUAUUGUAACCUGCUUGGAUUAGGAGAACAUAGGUUAGAUCUAUCUGUAGAACAUGGAGUACCCUGCCCAGUAGCAGUUAUUUAAGGAUUUUUUUUAAUUUUUCCUAACCUAUAUAUUUUUUUAUCCAGUGUGUAAAUCUAAAUGGUUUACAUAUCCAUACACAGCCAAAUGGUCUACCAUGUGGAGUUAAAGUUAACAUUAACAGUUAUUCAAAAUAAGCAUAUACAACUAAGGCAAUUCCCCUUUUCAAUUCAUUAAUAUUUUUGGUUUGAUUUACAUAUUACAUGUAGAAAAAAACAUAACAAGCCUUGGUGAUGCUGGUAAUAUGAUUAAUUCUAACAAAUAUUUAACUGAAAUUUAUUGAAAUCCUGCUUCAGGGUAACUCCAAAACAGAAGUUUGGUUUUGUUAGCAAAGGAUUCAAUUUCUCCUGCUUGCAUCAGAUGAAAGAGAUUAAACUCAAGAGAAGGAUUCAUUUACUUAUUUAAAAUACUAACUUCUAAGAUACUUGAAUCCAAAAGCAAGUCAAGUUAGCUAGAGAAGAACAGUUGAAAUUCUGUGUCUUUGAAUUCUCACAAUCCUUUUAUUUUCAAAGGAGAUGUGUUGAACUGGAAUAAAUGACUUAGCUUUAUUGAUUUUGCAAAUAGCCAUAUGGAAAGUAGACUGUACUUAAUACUUGAUAAUUAUGCUCAACCAUAUGUUUUUUUAUUAGAUAUCUUUUUAUUUAAAACCGAAAAAUUAACAAAUGAAAAGCUAUACAGCUCCACAAUGAUAUUGCACCACCGCUAGUGAACAGGACUUAGAAAUCAAGGUUAUUUCAAAUUAAACAAUAAUAACAACAAUAAUAACAGGUAAUAGCUGUAUUCAAUGCCUAAUGAGUAAAUAAUAAUAAUAAUGAAUCUGUUAAUGUUAAGUAGACUGAUUCUGUAUUAGAAAUGCCCCAGUGGAGGAAUUUAAGCAGAGCUUUUUUUUUUUUUUUUUCUGAAUAUCUUAAAAGCAUGUAAUUUCAUUACUCAAUGUACACAUUUGCAUCCAAAUGAGGUGGUAUAUGAAAAUAAAAGUAGUGUAGAGACUGGUUUUUCUGUAACAUCAGUUCAACAAAUCCCCCAAUACCACCAGAUUGCCCCUUCUUAAUUCAUGUUGAUUCUUGAAUCCUAAACACAUAGGAAAUUGUGUAAAUGCACAAUGUUAUACUUUUUUUUUUUUUCCCCGCAGUCAAAAAAACAUGCUUUGGAAAAUUGUAUAUGCUGUAAAUCAGUACUAUUUAUAAAUCAUGUAAUAUGUAAUGUACAUGUACAUAUGUUUUAUGUUUUUAUUGUGCCAGGUACCCUGUAUGUAUGAAUUAUUUAGAUAAGAUAAAACAACUAUGUUUUUUACGCCACUUUGCCAAAUGAAUGAUGCUAAAGUACUAUGUAAUAAAACAAAGAAACAAGCACUUGCUUUCAUGUGUGUCCAUUUAAGUUGUGUUUUUGGGUUCACCACACACUCAGGUGAAAAA